UUAUACCGAUACACACUACUAUAUGGUAGCAUAAAGCGAGGCGUAUUUUAAUCUUAAUUCUGUAGCACCACCUGAACUUUCAUGUGCUACUGUUUAUUGAAAUUCAAAAUGAGAAAGAUUAUAAUGAUUUUUGCUGUCAUUUUGCAUUAGAUCACGUUCUCAACAAAUCAUAAAUUCAAAAUUUAUACGGACGUAUAAGCUUUGAUUUUGCCACACAUCAGUUGUCAUAAACAUCUUGGGAAUGGAUGUGAUUGCGAAUGCUGAUGCCAGCAUUCCCACUGCUGCACCUGGUGCAGUGGAGGAAGAACAACAGCAGCAACAAUCAGAGCAAGAGAUCAAUCAGCAACCAGGCACAGAGUCUGACCUCACCGGCAACACCUCACAGCCAAUCAAGAACGAGCAACAAGCCCCACCCACCGCCACAACACCUACUCCUGCUGCAGACCCCGCCCCCUCUCAGGAUGACCCACCCAGUGUACACCUGACAAUCAUCGACGAGAAGAUGGAAACAAGUAAUGGUGUUUGCCCUGGUCCUAUCCAGAUGUCUCCGACAGCUUCUUCUCCUCCUCGUCAGCAGCACGCAAAUGGGCGAGCCAGGCUGAGCAGCCGCUCCGGGUCAGUGAGUCACGCGGGGUCACCUCGACCGUCACUCACCAGACAGCCCAGCGCGGCCACUGACGUCGGAGACGGAUCCAAACCCAACGAUUAUCUCGUAUGGGCUAUUCUGGCCUGCCUCUGUCCUGUCUGGCCCAUUAACGCAGUUGGCUUGACCUUCUCAGUCAUGUCUCGAAACAGUCUGCAGCAGGGCAAUGUGGAUGGUGCACGUCGUCUUGGCCAGAAUGCAAAAAUCAUGUCCAUCGUGUCAUUAGUGGGUGGGAUCAUCAUCAUUGUUAUCACUAUCGUCAUCAACUGGGGUGUAAUACUUAAGACCUGAUGGCCGUCACAACACUCAGGGUGAAGUAAAAUUCACAAUCAACAACCAAUCCAUGAUGAUCAUUUUCUUCUUCCAAUGUGUCAUUCAUCUCUCGACAUCUGAAUGCUCCUGAAUGCUUUUUCAUUUGUUUUAUACUCUCUCUGAAGAAUCUUAAGCUGGAUGUUACCUCUAUCUUCUAUCAUGCCAGAACGAUCAAAAACAACAUGGACUCUUCAGCUCUUCGAAUGCCUGGAAUCACGAACAAAGCAGCAAGCCGUGGAUGAUAGGUUUUUUUUUUCUCUCCCAACAAAGGACUCACCACUGAGAUGAUGUCAGUGAGGAGACCACAAACAUGAUCUCAUUUCAUUCGUCAUGCACCCCUUGAGGAUGUGAGGGAGGAAAAGAAUGAGAGAGAAUGGGAAGGGAUUUGGUUCUUGACAAAGAUGCACAAGCUCAUCUUACUAGCCCUGUUUUCUCAGAGAUGUGAGUCCAUAAAAAAAGCUCAGAUUAAAAUUUAAUCGAUUAUAUAAAACAGCAGAUGGCUUCCGUUUUGGCAUCUGUCCACAGAUGAGUCCGAUUACCUUAAGAGCUGCUCUAAAGCCUCUCUCUCUCUCUUUCUCUCUCUCACAGACUGUACAGAGACUAAGUUUCAGGUUAACACACAUAAACAAAAAAAUCACGUAUCAGAGAAUCCUACAGAAAGAAAAGGAGGGAGAGCUAAGGAGAAAGUGGGAGGAAUGGAGACCAAGCUGUAGUCUUUUGUUUUUGUUUCACACAGACCAAAGGAGGGAGGCAGUACCUUCAGAUGAAAACAUAAACCAGAGAUACCCCAGACAUGGUGAGAUGUAGGGACUUCAGUAGUGUUGAGGGUGUGUGUGUGUGUGUGUGUGUGUG